ACGCAUUUACUAAAACGAUUGGUUUAAUUUUAUUAUUUAACAACUUUAUUAUUUUGGUUAUCGAAUCAAUUUUUAUUUUUCUAUAUAUAUAUUGGAUUGUUAAUUGUGAAUUUACAUUUUAUUUAAGUAUUAUUUUUGAUUAGACAUAACCUCUCUAAAUUGUGGUGACACCUUACACUAUGGUAUUAAACAGCGUCUACUUUGAAAACGUGGGCUGCGUUGUGAUAAGAAUUUUCAACACAAAUAAAUAGUGGCUUCGAAUAAGAAUUAUGUUUUAUAAAAUUCUAAUGUGAGAUACAUAAUAUCACAGAACUAACCAAUAAUGAUUAUAGUAGGAGGUAAGUAAUUACUCUAAAUAGAACACGAGACACAUUUAUAUUAAGAAAAAAGAUUAGGAAUUAUUAACCUCAUAAUAACGGAAAAUGACGUUAGAAGAAUUAUACGAAGAAUUAAAAGACAUGGACAUAAGUGAGCCAUCUUGUAUGGAUAAAAUAAAAUUAUAUUUUGAAGAACUUGAAGAAGAAGAUGAUGAAUUUAUGGAGUUGCUGUUGUCUAAAUUAGAUAAUGAAGUAAUAACAUGGGAGCAACCAUGGUACCAACAAACAAAAUGCUUGUCAAGACCAUUGAAGGAACCUGAGGAACAACAUGAUGAAACAUAUAACACAGACAGUAUGUCCAAAGAGGAAAUAGACCUUAUACACAAAAAUUGGCGUAAAUUUAAAAAGAAAUAUGAUAUUCCCAACAAAAUUAUUUGUUUAGCUCGAUGGAAAAACAAGGGAAAAUCAAGACAUUCACGAGAGCUACAUGUUAAACAUUUUGUGGUAGCAUAUCUAGCACGAGGCCUAAAACGAAAUCUUUAUCAAGUUUUAAGACACAUUAUGACUUAUUAUGGUAGUCCAGUGAAGGGUGACUAUUCUGCUUUUGAAGAAAAACUUAUGGAUAUAUGCUUUCAAUAUGAACCUAAACAUGCUGUCGUGAUAUUAUCUAAAGUACUUGGCAGAGAGCCACGAGGAAUAUACAAAAGAUUGGGUUAUACUGUUGAUGUCAAACCACAAAGGAAAAAGUUAAAAUGGACAUUGCCAUUGGCAACUAAGUUCUUAAAUUUAUUGCUUGAAUAUUCAAAUUGUUCCUUGGAAGAGUUGAAACAUAAGAAAAUUGAAAAAAGUAUUUGGUUGAAACUGGAAAAAGAUAUAGACCAGCAAUAUAUUUAUUUACAAUCCUUUUGGCAUGACACUCUUAAAGUCCAACUUUUUGUAAAGGAAUAUAUUACUUUGAGAUCGUUAAGGAAAAAAAUAUUCAAAAAAUUGAAAAAAUCUACAUAUCAGGUAUGGCCUGAUAUACGAUGGAAAGAAUUAGUAAAAGAGUUUUCAGAUGGUUACACACAUCGAUUUUUAUAUAGAAUAGCGUACAACACAAUUAAACAUAUGUCAAAUUAUUUGAAAAGACCUUUACAAGAAAUUGUACAUUAUGCAUUAGCAAGUUUAAAAUGUGGUCAAUAUUAUCAUACAAAGCGUCUCAGAACUUUGAUAUUGAAUGAAGAGGGACAUUUAGAACCAAUACAAUAUGAUAAAUUGUAUUUAGUAUUGUUUUCAUUUCAUAAUUUGUAG